UCUAUCUUAACCUUUGGGAGAAAAUUCAAGCUCUUGAGCUUGGCAGACAGUGACAGCUUUGAGAGUGUCCAGUCUCAUCUUUUGCCUCUUGCACUUGCAAGUCAUGUUCUUUCACAAUUCCUGGCUCUUGCUGGUCCUGUACCUCUACCUGGAGCGCCUUUUCCGGUUCCCUUUUGCCAAGCUCAAACUUGUUCUGCAAGACUCUACUGAGGUUCCACGUCCUCUGGGAAGUCUCCCAGAAUCCUGCCAGUUGGCAUUAGCUUUCAGCUUAUGUGGAGAAGUUGUGGAAGCCACCUAUGAAUCCAUUUGCUGAAUUUAUGGAGAAGCCCUCAAAUGAUGGAAGUCAUUCAGAAGAACUGUUUUCCCAUUUUAAAAGUAGACGAGAGAAAGAACAUUUACCACAGCACGCCAGUGAAAGUCAAGUCUGCUGCCUAAAGCAGGACAUCCUAAAUGAAAAGACCGAAUUGGAAGCAACAUUUAAGGAAGCUGAGUUGGCAACCUUUUCUGUAGAAUUACUUUUGCCGUUAUUUAAGGACACUAUUGAAGAGAGAGGGGACAGUUUAUCCAGCAUGUUAGAAAAGCUAACUGAUAAUGAAAGUGAGAACACUGAUCUUAAGAACAAGAUACUUGAAAAGGAGACCUAUAUCCAAGAACUUUCUUGUCUGUUUCAGAAUGAAAAGGAAAAUGCUUUGAAAGCAAACCGUUUUUCACAAUCAGUAAAAGUAGUGCAUGAACGACUACAGCUCCAAAUUCAUAAAAAGGAAGCAGAGAAUGAUAAAUUAAAAGAACACAUAAAGAGCUUAGAAACCAAGAUAGCUGAAUGGAACUUGCAAUUGAGAAAAAGUAAGCAUGAGACUGUAGCAAUGAAAGAUUCAAGUAAGCAAAAAGCAGUAGCUCUAAAAAGAGCAUCUAAAAUUUACAAACAAAGGCUUGACCAUUUUACUGGAGACAUUGAAAACCUUACUUCCCAGAUUAGAGAUCAGGAAGCCAGGUUGUCUGAAACAAUCUCAGCUUCCAAUGCCUGGAAAAGUCAUUAUGAGAAAAUUGUAGUAGAAAAAACUGAAUUGGAAGUUCAGAUCGAAACAGUGAAAAAGCAAAUCAGUACUCUUUUGGAAGACCUGAAGAAAAUGGAAGACGAUGGAAAAAAUUCAUGUGAAGAAAUUCUUAGAAAACUUCAGUCAAUUGAAGAUGAAAAUGAAACUCUGAAUCUUGAGAAUACAAAAUUAGAGACUACACUUGCUGCUUUGAAGGACGAGAUCGUUUCUGUUGAAAAUGAACUCGUAGAAUUGCAAGAAGUAGAAAAACAACAGAAAACUCUUAUUGAAGUGUAUAAAACUCAGAUACAAAAGUUGCAAGAAGCAGCUGAAAUGGUGAAAAGCAGAUGUGAAAAUUUACUACAUGAAAAUAAGCUAAUAACAAAAAACAAAAGUAAAAAAUUAGAGAAGAUGAGAGGCCAGAUGGAGUCUCAUCUGAAGGAGUUAGAGUGCAUCCGCGAUUCCUUGACGACGGCGGAGCAGAGGCUUCGGGAGUGUCAGGAGAGUCUGCAGCACUGCCAGGGGAGAUGUGCAGACCAGGCCCACACCGUUAGGGAGCUGCAGGGCCAGGUUGAUGGAAAUCACAAUCUUCUGACAAAGCUUUCUCUGGAAGAGGAAAAUUAUCUUAUUCAGUUGAAGUGUGAAAAUCUUAAACAAAAAUUAGAACAGAUGGAUGCGGAAAAUAAAGAGCUUGAAAAGAAGCUGGCAAACCAAGAAGAAUGUCUAAAGCAAAGCAAUCUUAAGUUUAAAGAGAAAUCUGCAGAAUAUACAGCAUUGGCCAGACAGCUGGAAGCUGCUUUAGAAGAAGGAAGACAAAAGGUUUCUGAAGAAAUAGAGAAAAUGUCAUCUAGAGAGAGGGCUUUACAAAUUAAAAUAUUAGAUCUGGAAACUGAGCUUAGAAAGAAAAAUGAAGAACAAAAACAACUUGUUUGCAAAAUGAACAGUAAAGCACAACAUCAGGAAGUAUGUUUGAAAGAAAUAGAACAGACUCUUGAAAAGUCGGAGAAUCAAAAUGAGAGUAUUAAGAAUUAUUUACAGUUUCUUAAAACUUCUUAUGUAACAAUGUUUGGAUAAAUUGUUGAACUUAUUUUCUAUAAGCAAUGAGUUUUUACUAUGAGUCUAAAAAGUGAUCAGGUAAAAAAUAAACAAGUAUACUAUCUGUUGUUACACUUGAUGAUUUAUGAGUGGUAGUGUUAGAGUUUUUAUAUAAAGAUUUUGAAACAUACUUUAUUAUCCACUGGAAACUUUAAAACAAGAUAGAUGUUAGUAUUCCUUUUUGCUGGAUAAUUUUCACUUGGCUCUGGUUUAAUUCCUAUUUAAAUUAUUUUGGUUUUUAGAAUAUUUUUCACAUACACACAAAAGAAGCCCGAAUCAUUCUUUGUGACUGUCUGCAGCCACCAUUCAAAUGAAUUUGUAAUAAAUCUAGGCCAAUUAUGACCCAAAUACACGAUCGUAAAUAAUGUAUAUAAUUGUUUUUCAUUGUGGUGCUAUAUAGAUAUAAUAAAGGCAAAUAUUCUGGAUAUUAAUUUUUAAUAAUGGUAUAAUUACAUACUUUAUAAAGAUACCAAAUGUCUCAAUGUACUUACUCUUGUUUCAAGUAUAUGCUAAGAUGCCAUUAUAAUUUCUGUGAGGUUUUAAAUAUAGAAUUUGAAGUCAUAGCUAUUAAAUGCCAACUGAUGGUGACAGAUGAAAAUAUAUUGGCAUGCAUUGUUUCUUUAUAAAGGAUAGGCAUUCACACUCUCCUGUGAAUUCAUAGUAUCUUUGUUCUUCAUUUUAUAUUAGUGAUUAUCUGAUGUAAUUAGUGUAGAUGUUCUAAAGCUCCUGAGUUAACUAAAAGCUUAAGGGGGAACACCUGGUCCCAGCCCUUCCACGGCCAACUCAUAUGAGAUGAUCAAAAUAAGCACUCCUAAUACCAAGAAGCUUUAGGAUAAGGUCUUUAUUAUUGGGAUGAUAUAGAUAGAGAAGAUACCAUGAACUUGUUCCCUGUAAUCUCCCAUCCUAUGCUGUGUGCCAAGGCAGGAUACCCUAGAAGGCAAUGGAUGUAGUUGAUAAGGGGUCAAGUAAUAGUGACUCCUCUUGGACAAUGGCUGAGAGCUGUUUAUUCAAAGGAACACUCAGGUCUCAAAAGAUUGUUCAAGAGAGAAGUUGUGUACUACACAGUCCAGCCUAUGAACAAAACCCAGUCUCCCCAAGAUGUUUGAUCCUCUUCUCUGAUCAAAAAUGGGGGCCUGCUUUUCUCUGGUUCCCUCACUGUGAAGACUGCUAUAUCAUCUGUAGGGGCCUACUUUCCAAUGACCCAUGUGCUUCAUAGUAUUUUUCUUAAAAUAGCAAAAUAAUAAUGUAAGGAACUGGCCACAUUUUUUUUCUGCCCAAUGAUUGCUAGCUAACAAUAUUAGUGUUACUGUGGUUUUUGUUUUUAAAUCAUAGUACUUGUAGUACUGAAACACAUACAUUCUUGACCCUUGUGGUCCUUUCUUCAUCUCCUAAGGCGAAAGGAGCCUUAACAAAUACUCACGUGACAGGAAACAGGUUCCUGAGUAUUGCUUACUAGACUGUGAGCUCCUUGAGGACAGAACUGUGUCUGACUCAUAUUUCUAUCUCAGCCCCUACACAAUACCUGGUAUAUAGUAGGGACUCAAUUGAUGUUUGGGGAUAAAUGAAUAGAAGUUGAAAGAUGCAGGUAUUCGUAUUCUUGUUUUAGAUAGGAAAAAAUGUAAGCAUAGAGGGAUUAACUACCAUGGCUAUGGUAUAGAAGUCGGCAUUUGGAAGGCAACUGUGCUCACCACUGUACCACCAGUGCUGCACUAAAGUGGGCAUUUGAACUCAUGCCUUCUGACUCCAAAAUGAAAGUUCUGUGUACCAGGCUGUUUUCUUGUUGCAAGCAGUGGCAGCAGCAGCCCAGCAGCAACAUUGCUGUUGUUUAUUGAGUCCUCGCUACUUGCCAGACAAAGUUCUGAGGAUGGUACAUGUAUUAACCCAUGUAGUCUUUACACUUGAUGAGACAGCUGCUAUUAAUUCCAUUUACUUUUCAGGAAACCAAAACACAGCCCAAGGUCACACAGCUAGUAAGUGGCAGUCGUCCAGAGCCUCUGCUCUUAACUCUGACCAUACUACUUUCAUAUAUGUUUCAUAAAUAAAGGUAUUGGUUACUUUUAACAAUCAUGCAUUUACCUCAUCUACGAAUACUUUCUCUUUUUUAAUAUUUUUAAUGUUUAUUGCAGUAAUUUGUGUAUAUGGCAUUUAAAAAUUGGAACUUGCAAUGUUUUAGAUAGACUGUGGAAAGAAAAGGCUAUCACAAAGUCCCUAAGGUUGGCACUGAGAUGCUAGAGACAUGGGACAACAAAGGGAGUUUGCUAGACCCUAGAAGAACUUUAACAGUCCCUGUGCUUACUGUUUCCAUGUGGACGUUAAGCACAGACGUUGGGCUCUUCUGGGGUGUGAACCAAACUCAGCCCAGAGUCAGUGCCCUGGUGUCCCUGAGGAGUGUCUCCAUUUCCAGCUUUCCACCAUCCCAGAAAGCCCUUGUCCCACAGUACUAAAGUCUGGCAGGAUUUUCCUUCUAUCCUUGACAUUCAGAGCCUCAUGACUUUCUUAAGUUCUAAAAGUUUUCUUCCAUUAUUUAUGUGAUUAUUACUUCUCUACAUAUUCCUUUCCUUCUCAUUUGGUCCCCUGGAUCUGACCUCUGUGCAACUUGCCUUUGCCCUCGGGGUGCCUGUCAUAGGGUUUCUUGUGAGAUAUUUCUUCCACCUGAUUUUUCUGACCACUAAUGUGGUUCUCAAGGGCAGUCAUUCUCUUUUUCUGUUGGAUAUUGAAUUUAUAAUUAAGAAAUCAUAUUUUUUAGUUCCUAAAAGUGUUGGGGUUUGUGGGAUUUUUUUGUUUUUGCUU